AUGUCCUCUGGUGGAGGGAACCAGGCUGCCCAUGCCAUGUCCUCUGAUGGAGGGAACCAGGCCUCCCAUGCCAUGUCUUCUGAUGGAGGGAACCAGGCCUCCCAUGCCAUGUCUUCUGAUGGAGGGAACCAGGCUGCCCAUGCCAUGUCCUCUGAUGGAGGGAACCAGGCCUCCCAUGCCAUGUCUUCUGAUGGAGGGAACCAGGCCUCCCAUGCCAUGUCUUCUGAUGGAGGGAACCAGGCGUCCCAUGCCAUGUCCUCUGAUGGAGGGAACCAGGCGUCCCAUGCCAUGUCCUCUGAUGGAGGGAACCAGGCGUCCCAUGCCAUGUCCUCUGAUGGAGGGAACCAGGCCUCCCAUGCCUUGUCCUCUGAUGGAGGGAAUCAGACCUCCCAUGCCAUGUCAUCUGAUGGAGGGAACCAGGCGUCCCAUGCCAUGUCCUCUGAUGGAGGGAACCAGGCCUCCCAUGCCAUGUCCUCUGAAGGAGGGAACCAGGCCUCCCAUGCCAUGUCCUCUGAUGGAGGGAACCAGGCCUCCCAUGCUAUGUCCUCUGAUGGAGGGAACCAGGCCUCACAUGCCAUGUCCUCUGAUGGAGGAAACCAGGCCUCCAAUGCCAUGUCCUCUGAUGGAGGAAACCAGGCCUCCCAUGCCAUGUCCUCUGAUGGAGGGAACCAGGCCUCCCAUGCCAUGUCCUCUGAUGGAGGGAACCAGGCCUCCCAUGCCAUGUCUUCUGAAGGAGGGAACCAGGCCUCCCAUGCCAUGUCCUCUGAUGGAGGGAACCAGGCCUCCCAUGCUAUGUCCUCUGAUGGAGGGAACCAGGCCUCCAAUGCCAUGUCCUCUGAUGGAGGAAACCAGGCCUCCCAUGCCAUGUCCUCUGAUGGAGGGAACCAGGCCUCCCAUGCCAUGUCCUCUGAUGGAGGGAACCAGGCCUCCCAUGCCAUGUCCUCUGAUGGAGGGAACCAGGCCUCCCAUGUCUCUCAGUGGAUCUUCUUGUCUGUGUGCUUCUCCGGUGACGCAGGACCCGGCAUGACCGACAGAGAAAUGACAAUCUGUGUACUGUGCACUCCCUUUGAUCAGGACCUGUAG